AUGGACAAUGUAUCCACGGUGACAUCUGUGAAACUGACCGGCUUUUAUGAAAUGGAAGACCUGAAAUACCUAUACUUUAUCAUUUUUCUUCUUGCGUACAUUACCACUGUUGCCGAAAAUAUAAUUCUUAUUGUGGUAAUUUAUGUUGAGAGAGCUCUACAUGAACCAAUGUAUAUUUUUCUGUGUAAUUUGGCAUUUAAUGAAUUGUAUGGCAGCACAGCUUUACUACCCCCCAUUCUGAGUAAUUUAAUGUCAAACACUCAUGAAGUAUCUCUGUCCAGCUGUCAAGCACAGAUAUAUUGCUUACACACAUAUGCAAUAACUGAAUUCACUAUUUUAGCAGUGAUGGGUUAUGACAGGUAUGUUGCUAUUUGUCACCCCCUCCAGUAUCACAGCAUCAUGUCUGCUUCAAAAGUGUGCAUGUUUAUUUCAUUCUCUUGGCUUUAUCCACUUAUCGCUUUUGGUGUGUUUUAUUCAAUAGCACUGCAACUCAUUUUUUGUGGAAGCAAUAUAGAGAAGAUAUACUGCACAAACUAUUCACUGAUUAAGUUGUCAUGUAUGGAUACAACCAUUGUUAGCAUUGUUGGGUUAGUUUCCCUGGUUGCUUACAGUUUUCCUCAGCUUGCAAUUAUAAUUUACUCCUAUAUACAUAUUCUUAAGAUCUGCAUAUCCUCCUCCAAAGGAACACAAAUGAAAGCACUGAAAACAUGUAUUCCCCAUUUACUAGCUUUGAUUAACUACUCAGUUGGAUGUUUUUUUGAAAUAUGCCAAAGCAGGUUCACAUUUAAUCUACAUUAUGGACCUCGUCUUUUCUUGUCCCUGUACUUUUUGAUUUUCCCCCCUUUACUAAAUCCUGCCAUAUAUGGAAUGAGCAUUCAAGCUAUAAGAGUUAGGAUUUUUAGACUGUUCAAAGUCAAGAUGACAAUAAUUUUAGACACAUAA